AUGGAAAAUAUACAUGAGAAUGUUUCCGAAGGAAGUGAUAAUAUAGACAAAUCGUUUUUGAGCUGGAGAAAUACGUUAAUGUAUGUUUUGGGUUUUGGAAUGGAUAAAAAUGGAAGAAAAAAGUAUGAAAAAAUCCGAGAUCAUGUGUAUAAAGAGCAAAUGAAUAAUCGCUGUGAGGAAUGGAAGAGAUAUUUGUUUAAGAACAGUCCAUCUGUGAGAUUUAUAGCAAAACAUUUGGAUUCUUUGAAAUCAGGUCUUUCAUUGAAUGAUAUUUUAUGUGUUCCAUGUGAUGAAAUGAAGAGUGGUUGGUUUGAUUCUUCUAAAGGGAUUUUUCUUUGUCAAAAUAAAAUUUGGAGUAAAUCUCAUAUGGAAGAUACAUUGGUGCAUGAAAUGAUUCAUGCGUAUGAUCAUGCAAAAUUUGUUGUUGAUAAAAAUAAUCUUAGACAUCAUGCUUGUAGUGAAAUACGGGCAGUAAGUCUUAGUGGAGAGUGCCGUUGGUGGAGAGAAUUUAAAAACGGCACAAUUGCUACAUUUCGUAAGCAUCAUCAGGAGUGUGUUAAGCGUCGAGCUAUACUUUCUGUUAUGGGACAUCCUGCGUGUAAAGAUAUGGAUCAUGCAAAACAAGUAGUAAUGCAAGUUUUUGAACCAUGUUUUGCUGAUACACGUCCAUAUGACGAAAUUUAUUAGAGUGGCUAAGAUCUAUCAUGGUAA